UCAAAUUUUCUCCAAAUUGACCAACAAUGGCGGACCCUUGGAUUAGAGUAGCAGUGGACGCUAUUCACGCUUCUCCGACCCAGUGCGUCCUUUACCUCGCCGGCGGCGCCUCCCAGGCGGUGGGGUGGCUAAUAUCAGUUCCCGGAGCUUCCAACACUGUCCUUGAAGCCCUCGUCCCCUAUUCCAGAAUGUCCAUGAUUCAGUUACUCGGCAAGAUUCCGACCCAAUUUUGUAGCGGGAAGACUGCUGAAGAAAUGGCUUUGGUGGCCUACAAUCGCGCUCUCAAGCUCUCCAGACCAGGUCUCCCAGUUCUUGGCGUGGGUUUUACAGGCUCUCUUGGUAGCACGCGUCCGAAACUCGGGGAUCACAGGUUUCACUUGUCGACAAGAACGGCCAACAGACUUUGGGUAUCGACGGUUACCCUUUCUAAGGGUUUGCGAACCAGGGAGCAAGAAGAUUUCCUGUCAAGUCAACUUUUACUCAAGGCAAUUGUGUGUGCUUGCAAAGUUCCAGGAUCAUUUGUCCCGGAUUUAACUGAAUCUGAUGUAUCUGAGGAGUCUGAAAAAGAGUUCAGUGAAGAUGAAGAGCUACAGCAGCUUAUAGAUGGGCAAAUAUGCUUUAAGGUUUAUCCAUUUUCAAGUGGGGUGCAUAACUUAAAUGCAGAAAGAAGGGUAGUAUUACCUGGUUCUUUUAAUCCGUUGCAUGAAGGUCACCUCAAGCUCUUAGAUGUUGCUACCAGCAUUUGUGAAGACGCGUAUCCGUGUUUUGAAAUAUCAGCAGUCAAUGCUGACAAACCUCCACUUUCAGUAUCACAGAUCAAAGAUCGUGUCAAGCAGUUUGAAAAAGCUGGUAAGACGGUGAUCAUAUCAAAUCAGCCUUACUUUUAUAAGAAAGCCGAAAUAUUUCCAGGCAGUGCGUUUGUAAUUGGCGCUGACACAGCAGCAAGGCUUGUUCAUCCCAAGUACUACGAUGGGAACUAUAACAAGAUGCUGGAGAUUCUAACUGGAUGCAAGGCAACAGGCUGCACUUUUCUUGUGGCAGGCCGUAACGUAGACGGUGUUUUCAAGGUCGGUUACACGUUUCAGAAACUUGUUAGGGCACAUUCUCGAUUUUUACCUUUCAUAUUAGUCUUUGUUGAACUUACCGUCGCUAUUGCAUGGCACAUUCUGCAGGUUCUUGAUGAUUUAGAAAUUCCGGAGGAGUUGAAAGACAUGUUCAUCUCGAUACCUGAAGGGAAGUUCCGCAUGGAUAUUUCCUCCUCUGAAAUUAGGAAAAAGCUUGGAAUGUGAAUGCCAUAGCCGCUUUUAGGCCAUAAAGAAGGGACAGGAAAGGCAGAGAAAGCUUUACUGGGUUUUGGUUUAUGCAUUUGUGCUGAAAAGGAGGAUCAUUCAAGAACAGAGAAAAAUAAAGGAUAAUAUCAGCUGUGAUUUUUUUAAUGGAAGGAAGAAUUCUCUAUUUGUGUACAGAUUGAUGAGCAAAAUAAUAUCCGUAUUAAGGCUGUGUGAGAGUACCAAACAUUUUUUUUAUUAGUCGUUUACAGUGUACGUGGGGCUGUCGUUUUCAUGAAUAUACAUACAAAUCAUCAAUUGAUGAA